AUGGAUGACGCUAAACCUCAGCCCACACUGAAAGCUGAUAAAGAGGCUAUACCAGUAGGAGGCAAAGUAAUCCUGACCUGCAAUGUGGCUGAAUCUUCUGGCUGGAAAUAUUACUGGUACAGAAACAAGAAAGACUCGAACCCUCUGACUGCACCGAAUGGUGUUCCCUACUCAGAUUCACAAAUCAGCAUCUCAGAGGGAGGACAAUACUGGUGCAGAGGAUGGAGAGGCGACUCAGUUUACUACACAGAGUACACAUCAAUCACCAUUCACAACGCGCCCAGGGCUGUUGUCUCCCUGCAACCUAACUGGCCUCACAUAUACAAGGGAGAGAGCAUCACUCUCAUAUGUGAGAUCCAGGAUGGAGGAGACACUGAGUGGGAGUAUGAAUGGGAAAAAAACAGCAGACCUCAUAGAACACAAAAAGAAUUCAACAUUAUCGGCACUUAUACAUCCCAAACUGGAGAGUACAGAUGUAAGGGCCGACACAGAAGUGGACAGAGGUCUUCAACAGAGUGGAGUGAUCCUGUCAGCUUAACAGUAUCAUAUAAACCUGAGCCAAAGCUCACUGUGUCUCCCUCAUGGUUGAGUCCUGGGGCUUCAGUAACUCUGAACUGCAGUGUCGAGUAUCCCUCUGCAGGAUGGAGGUUUUACUGGUACAAGGCUGUUCCCCAGCUGUCAUCCAGCUCCUACACUUACGAGCUGCUGCCUGACAGGGAAGCUGGCACUGCAGAGGGCUCCUACGUCAUUCAUGGGCCGACACACACCGCAGGAUUUAUGUGUCAGGUGGGAAGAGGAGACCCAGUGUUUUACACAAAGAACAGCACAACUAAGUUUGUCUGGUCUGGAGAUCGUCGCCCGUCAGCCUCUGUCACAGUCAGUUCCAACAGAACACAACACUUCAGACGAAAGUAUGUCACCCUGACGUGUGCAGGAAACUCCAGUCAUUGGAAAAUGAAGAGAUUUUUUGAGGAGAAAGUGGAACAGCCAUGGUGUUCAUCUUCCUGGAUGUCAAUGCAUGAAUCCACAUGCAGCAUCUUCACCUCACACACCAGUGCAGUGUAUUGGUGUGAGUUUGAUUCAGGGGAGUUCAGCAAUGCAGUCAACAUCACUUCACACGAUAAAAACGUUGUCCUGGAGAGCCCUGUCUAUCCUGUGACUGAGGGAGAUUCUGUGACUUUUAGGUGUAUAAACAGAAAUAAGAAAUUAAUUUCCAUAGCGGAUUUCUAUCAAAAUGGCAAACUUAUUAAAAACAAAACCAAAGGCGAGAUGACUCUCCAUGCUGUGUCUAAGUCAGAUGAAGGGUUCUACAUGUGUAAAGGCUCUGGAUCACAAUCGGCAUGCAGUUGGAUGGCAGUAAACCCUGCAGCAUCCAACCUUGAAAAACCUUCAAUUCCGAACACCUCACAUCGUGUGUUGUGGCUCGUUCGACUGGUCAUCGGACUUGUACUGGUCAUUGUCCUGCUCCUGCUGUGUUACUACAGAAAGAUCAAAGGUCCAUCUUGUGGCAGGUCUUUCCACCCUCGGAGCUCCACUGCCGCCCAGAGGGAGCAACAGAAGAGACACUCCCCUGUUGAGCAAGGUGACACUCAUGUCUAUGAAUAUGUCGGAGGCUCUGAGGACACUGAAAAUGGUGGACCCGCGGGUCAAUCCGGUGACGUCACAUUUUCUGUGAUUGCGUUAAAAAAUCUUCACAAGAGUGAGAAACCUGCCGACCCAGAGGAGAGCUCUGUCCGCUCUGAUGCGAGGAGAGGAUCGACCGCAGGGACGGCUCCUGACGUCCCAAAAACUGUAACAGGGGCCCGAGGAUGGAUGGCCGUCAUAAGACGGGGGGAGGAGGAGGCCAAAGCACAGGGCUCAGAGCCAGAGUCAGGUGGAAGGCUGGAGGGCAGGGACUGGGGCCGGGGCAACCAGUCGGACUCUGGGAACUGGGGCAGGGACCGGGACAGCCAGUCGGGCACGGGGAACUGGUACGGGAACAGGGACUGGUGCCGGGGCAGCCGGUCCGGCUCGGGGAAUUGGGACAGGAGCAGCCAGACUCGCCGGGCUGCUGGGGCUGGUAGCUGGGACUGCCGGGCUGAUGGGGCUGGUAGCUGGGACUGCCAGGAAGCUGGGGCUGGUGUCGGGGUUGCGGCUAGCCUGCAAGUUGCCGAUACACCCGAGAAGUGCACUCGCAGGAGCAGCCGGAGCCCGGGAUGCAACCAUCGUCCUGACAGAGGAGGUGAUCUCCGCGACCUGCUAAGCUCACUCUGUAUAGGAAAUGUCCAAGAGUCUCUGCUAAACACGAAGAUGGGGCACACCCUGGCCUGUGUUCUUGUGUUACUUUUGCAGAGUACACUCCUCCACUGUGGGCACGCUGCAGGUCCUGUGCUGACCCUUGAGCCAAAUCGGUUCCAGGUAUUUGCUGGAGAGUCUGUUACAUUCGUUUGUGACGCGGGGGAAGAAGAGAACGCUGACUUGCAAUACAAAUUCACUGUGAAUGAUGGUCACGAUAUUUUCUCGUGGUCUACAUAUAACAGGCGCACGCUGUCAUACGUAGAGACCAGUCGAAGUGGUGAAUAUCAUUGUGAACUAUUCCCCAGUUAUAAAAAGAGUAACAAAGUCAGUCUGACUGUAUCAGAAAAACCAAAAGCCAAACUAACGUCUGACAAAGGAGAAAUUCCUGAAUCGGGCACAGUGACGCUGACCUGCUCUGUUGAGGUCUCUGAUGGCUGGAAAUACAACUGGUACAGAACAGUCACAGAUAGAAUUGAGGAAGUCGUGGAAGGUGGUGCAUCCCUCCACUAUAGAUCUGUCAGGGUGUCACAAGGCGGACUGUACUGGUGCAAAGGAGGGAGAGGAGACCCUGUUUACUACACACACAGCAGUGAUCCAGUCAGCUUGGACAAAAUUGUUAGCACCAGGCCUGUUGUGACCCAGCAACCCAACUGGCCUCACAUAUUCAGCGGAGAGAGCGUCACCCUCACAUGUGAGAUCCAUGGAGGUGGAGACACUCAGUGGGAGUAUGAAUGGAGCACAAGCAGCUCCUACAGACCUUUAAACCAAGCUGUACAAAGGAUUCACAGUGCUUAUUCGUACAUGAGUGGAAACUACUCGUGCAAGGGCAGAAACAUGAGAGACAAAUAUUCUUCAACAGAGUCGAGUCACAUUGUCAGAUUAACAGUGCUGAUGCACUUUCCACCAGAUACACCCAAGCCGAAGCUCACUGUGUCUCCCUCAUGGUUGAGUCCCGGGGCUUCAGUAACUCUGAACUGCAGCGUUGAGUAUCCCUCUGCAGGAUGGAGGUUUUACUGGUACAAGGCUGUUCCCCAGCUGUCAUCCAGCUUCUACACUUACGAGCUGCUGCCUGACAGGGAAGCUGGCACUGCAGAGGGCUCCUACGUCAUUCAUGAGCUGACACACACCGCAGGAUUUAUGUGUAAGGUGGGAAGAGGAGACCCAGUGUUUUACACAAAGAACAGCACAACUAAGUUUGUCUGGUCUGGAGACCGUCUCUUAUCAGCUUCUGUGAAAGUCAGUCCCAACAGAACGCAACACUUUGGGUCUGCCGAGCUGAGCUGUGAGGGAAACUCUUCUAAGUGGCAAGUGAAGCGUUUUGCUGUGGAAGAACCCCGGACAGCGUGUUCACUUCUCUUGAAAAGAUCCACAUGCAACAUCAAUUCACAAACUAGUGUACUGGCAGUGUAUUGGUGUGAGUCUGGAUCAGGAGAGUUCAGCAAUGCAGUCAACAUCACUUUGAGGAAUAGCGGCCUUAUCCUCAUGAGUCCUGUCCAUCCUGUGACUGAGGGAGAUUCUGUGACUCUUGGCUGCAAAUAUGAUGCAGGGAUCUUUGUUUACAGAGUGGAUUUCUAUCAAAAUGGCAAACUUAUUAAAAACAACACCAAAGGGGAGAUGACUAUCCGUGCUGUAUCUAAGUCAGACGAAGGCUUCUACAUGUGUAAAUACUCUAGAAUUGAAUCACCACCGAGUUGGAUGGCAGUAAACCCUGCAGUGUCCAACCUUGAAAAACCUUCAAUUUUCAACCCCUCACAUCAUCUGGUGUGGCUCAUUGGGCUGGUCACCGCACUUUUACUGGUCUUUCUCCUGCUCCUGCUGUGUUACUACAGAAAGAUCAAGGGUCCAUGUUGUGGCAGGUCUUUCCACCCUCGGAGCUCCACUGCUGCCCAGAAGGAGCAACAGGAGAGACACUCCCCUGUUGAGCAAGGUGACACUCAUGUCUAUGAAUAUGUCGGAGGCUCUGAGGACACAGAAAAUGGCGGACCUGCGGGUCAAUCCGGUGACAUCACGUAUUCUGUGAUAGCACUCAAAAAAGUUCACAAGAGUGGGAAACCCGCCGACCCAGAGGAGAGCUCUGGCCGCUCUGAUGCGAGGAGAGGAUCGACCGCAGACGAAUCAGGUGUGACCUAUGCCGAAGUUUGCUUCAAAAAUAAAUGUAAAGCUGAGAAAGAAAAAGGAUUGCCAGCCACUGUGGAACCUGAGGAUAUGGUUUACUCUGAAGUCAAACCAGGAGCAAGCCACGGUUCGUGAAGAGAACUGCAUCUGGGAACCAUGCAAGACAGACCUGGAUGAAAACAUGAAGAGUAAAAAAACGUUCGCAAGUUAGUUGCCACAUUGGCGGAGGUGUGAAUAAAAGAUUCACACCUCCGUAUUCAGGACAUCUACACCCUUCUGUGGUCUUUAGCAGGCAUGCAGCAUGUAUACAUGCAGUUUAUUUGACAGAUCAAGAGUACAGAUCCACACUUCAGACGAUGAUUACAUGAUGAGGAUUUUAUUUUUCUGUUGUAGUGCAUAAACUUUUUGUGCAUUACAUUGUACAUUAUUGUUUAAAGCUGCACAAAAGAACUUGUGACCAUGACCAAUUACCAAAAAGUCGAUUUUUUAUAUUUAUAUAAUGUUUUUUGGCAUUUCUGCUUUAUUUGGUAGUGACAGUAGAGAGAGACAGAGAAGGCAGGAGAAAAGAGAGAGACAUGCAGCACAGGUCCUGGGCCAGGGCCUUGAUAUGUAGUGCACACUCGCUCACCCAGAUGACCCCCAAAUAUAGGGGGAGUUUAAUUAUUUAUGGAGCAAUAUGCUUGAAUUUUUUUUUCUUGCUGGAAUAUUUUCAUACAGCUCAGACUAACAUCUGGAACAGCUGAGAUGCCACCACUGAGACACCGUUACAUUUUGUCUGAUAAGAUAGCUUUUCUUUUAAACACUGAAA